AUGGCUCUCUACUUUAUCGGUCUCAUACCGAUCAUCACUGUCCUAGUAUGGCUUCGCCAUCGUGUCUCAGAUAUCAUAAUUAGGAGAGCUGGCGGUGCUCGGGCACCUAUCUUGGCAGGCAAUCUGCUAUCGGCUUCCAAGCUAUACUAUGAGAUUGGCAAGAACCAGUAUCACAACAGACUUGUCGAUUGGUGUACUGGCCAGUUGGACAGUCUACCUCCCGGAAAAAGGACAUUUGCCGAGUUCAGCCUUACAGGUUCCAAGAGAGUCCUCAUCACCCGAGACCCAGAACAGAUCAAGGCCAUCCUGGCAACAAAAUUCCCAGACUUUGGACAUGGGCCCAUGUGGCAUAAACUAUGGUAUCCCUUUCUUGGAGACGGCAUCUUUGGCGUGGAUGGACAGCUUUGGCACGAUAGCCGUAGCAUGAUCAGGCCCAUGUUCUCCAAGGACAGAUUGCGCAAUUUGGCCAUCUUUGAUGCUUGCUCUGACAAACUUGUCUCAAAGAUUCCCUCUUCAGGAGCCACCAUUGACUUGAAAGAUUUGUUCUACCGCUGGUCGUUGGACACAACGACUGAGUUUUUGCUUGGAGAGAAUGCGGGCAGUUUAGAUUUUCCAGACAAUGAAGUCUUCAGUGCCAUACAUACUGUUCAGCGUUUGCAAAUGUAUAUAUUUGUCCUCAAUCCCAUUGCGCCAUUGAUCCCCAAAGGUGAAUACUACCGGGCAAUCAAAAGAAUAGAGCAGUUCAUUGAACCGAUUAUUGCACGAACUUUGGCCAUCUGUCCGACACGACUCCAGGAACUGUCCAAAUCGGACUUGGAGUUCUCAUUCCUACAUAGCAUCGCCCUCUACACCAGAGAUCCAAAGUUAAUCCGAGAUCAAAUCAUGUCUGUGCUAUUUGCCGGGAGGGACACUUCAGCAGCAACCCUAUCAUGGGCAAUGUACGAAUUGUCAAAUUAUCCCCAGAUGUGGGACAAGCUGCGCAAAGAGGUCUUGAACAAACUAGGGCCCCAGGCGACGCCAACUUACGAGAUACUCAAAGACCUCACAUACCUUAAAAACGUCCUCAACGAGACCCUUCGGCUUCAUCCGGCUGUCCCUCUUAAUAUGCGCCAGGUUCUGGAGACCACAACUAUCCCCGGUAGACCCGGAGAAGCGGAAGUCGUUCUUCUCAAGGGAGAUUCGGUGACGAUAAACGUGCUUGGCAUGCACACUUGUGCAGAUUUGUAUCCACCGACUUCUGAGCAGUUUGCAGACUUGAAGACAUUCAGCCCUGAAAGAUGGGAGCAUUGGACGCCCAAGCCUUGGACGUACAUUCCAUUCUCGGGAGGCCCUAGGAUCUGCAUUGGACAGAACUUUGCCCUGACCGAAAUGGCAUUUUGCUUGGUCCGUCUAGCGCAGCGGUAUGAAAGGAUCGAGUAUCGUGGCGAUUGGGCAGCACAGAAGCUGCAGGUCGAUCUCAUUGGGACACCUGCUCUGGGAGUUCCCAUGGCACUCUACAAGCCUGGGGAGGAAUAA